CGGGGAGAUCAGCCUUAUAAUCAGUCUCCCCCUACUGGAGAAAAAUGUCGCAAGGUUGUGUAGGAAAUUCUGGGUUUGCGACCGUAGCUCUCGCUUUCCGGCCAAUACAGAGGAGUCUGAAGGCUGGUUGGGGCGGUGAGGUCCAAGGCAGCUUCUGGAAUUUCUGAGCAGUCUGGUCAGUACAAAAUGGAUCCUGUAGUCUUGAGUUACAUGGACAGUCUGCUGCGGCAAUCAGAUGUCUCACUAUUGGAUCCUCCAAGCUGGCUCAAUGACCAUAUUAUUGGGUUUGCCUUUGAGUACUUUGCCAACAGUCAGUUUCAUGAUUGUUCUGACUCUGUCUGCUUCAUCAGCCCUGAAGUCACCCAGUUUAUCAAAUGCACAGGCAAUCCUGCAGAGAUCGCCAUGUUCCUCGAACCCCUGGGCCUCCCCCACAAGAGAGUUGUAUUUUUAGCCAUCAAUGAUAAUUCCAACCAGGCAGCUGGAGGAACCCAUUGGAGUUUGCUGGUUUAUCUACAAGAUAAAAAUAGCUUUUUUCAUUAUGAUUCCCAUAGCAAGAGCAACUCAGUCCAUGCAAAGCAGGUAGCAGAGAAACUGGAAGCUUUCCUAGGCAGAAAAGGAAAUAAACUGAUCUUUGUGGAAGAAAAAGCCCCUGCUCAACAAAACAGCUAUGACUGUGGGAUGUAUGUGAUAUGUAACACUGAGGCCUUGUGUAAGAACUUCUUCAGGCAACAGCCAGAAUCACUGUUGCAGCUCCUUACUCCUACAUACAUCACUAAGAAGAGGAGAGAAUGGAAAGAUCUCAUUGUCAGUCUCGCUAAAAAUUAGCUUUCAAAUAUAUUUGUGACUUCUGAAGUCUCCUCUUUCUGCCCAUUCCUAUUUACUGGAUGGCUGCAAUCUCAGUGCCUGAGGGAAGAUGCCUGGUAGGAGGGAAGCUUGAAAGAAUGUCACUUUCUGCCUGAUCCUGAUGGAAAGUUUCACUUUAACCCUAACUUGAGAGUGUUCUAUGAAAAUGUCUCAGUUAUAUACAGAAACCUAAAACAAAACUAUGAACAUUUAUUAGUUCCCUUUUGGUUUCCUUUAUCCAUACUGAAUAUUCCAGAAGAAAAGCAGUGGCCUGUAAAACAAAUCAAGAAUGUAUGGCAUCUAGAUGAAUAUGAGAAGAAAAAUACAGAAAAACCAAAAACUUUUUGGACAGCCCACAUAUUUUAAGAGCUCGAUGGGCUAGACCAGACCAAGACCUAACCUCCUUAACGAUGUGGAUAUUGUGACAAUCGGUUACUCAGGUCUGUGAUAUCUCUCCCAUUCACCUUGCAAAGUCGUUCCUGGCUACCUGCUUAACCUUUGCAAAUAUUUGAUAAAGGUGAUGUUAUCCCACCUUCCCCCAGCUGAUUCCUGGAAUACUUUAAGGAACGGGGAUCCUGAGUAACUUCAUUAAAAUAAUUGACUGAUGUGUACCUCUUAAACUCUCUGUGGGCCAACUUGCGGCUCUGGAUUGACAACAGCUUUCCUUUGCCUUGUCUACUAGCUGCUCACACACUGUCCUUAUAUCUAAAGUUCUGUGGUUUUAAACUCAUAGCUGAUAACUUCCCAAGGUUACCUGUCAUUUCUGAUAAAUAUUUGCUUCUGUUAAGUAUUUUUUUUCUCUCUCUCUAAUCUUAAUCUGGCAGAAUUGCUUUCAGUUAUGUCAUGAUAAUUUCAGGACUAUUGUGUCCAAAAUUUACAGACUAAGUGUUGGUUUGUUUUUGAAAUGUAGAGGAGAAAAAGUGACCUUUCUUAACCCUUUCACUUAAUUCAAAUCUAAGUGAUGUAAUUUUUUAAUGUGGAAAUGAGUAAAAAGAAAUGCUGUCGC